AUGCCUUUCCCUGACGCGGCCAAACUAAGCCCACAACAGUUCUUGAAGGCUAUGGAGGAUUAUAAAACUUAUCAGGAUACCGUGAAGGCACGCAACUUUCAAAUCGAACGUUGGCUUCAAUACCACCACAAAGAAGCAAAUGCCAUGGCCAAGGAUGCUGAUGAUCCAUACAACCACUUUCUCGCCCGCUUCACUGGCCAAUUGACUGCAAAACCCCGCCGGCAAACCCCGUACAACCUUUGGUGCGAAAUUCACGGCAAAGAUAUCGAACAGGAACUUGAGACGAUGGUCAAUCAGGGCGAGUUAACAGAAAAGCAGAAGCCAGGGAGGCGUCAGAAGAUGCGAAGCGACCGCUACCGCGACCUUUCAGAGGAGGAACGGGAUGAGUGGCUACAGAGGAGUGAGCAGGAGCAUGCAACUGCUAUGGAGGCAUGGAGGGCUGGAGGGGACGGGAAGGUACCUGAUGAUCCCCUCGACAUUCAGAACUAA